CUUCUGUGGUUUAAAAUGUACACGAAGAAGAAAACUUGGACCAAUAGAAAUCCAGGAAAGUGCCACCUCUUGGAGUCUGGCUUCUCUGCCACAACAACCAAGAAGAUCGACGAAGCGAGAUAUUUCCCAACGCUCUUUUCCGUCUUGGCAACAUUCGCGAAAGGAAGUCAAGUUACAAUGCAAACGGACGCAAAGCCAAAGGAAGAAGAGGAAGACGCACCUCUGGUGGACACUACGGAGAAAGGCGACUCAGAACCGAUGUCGGACGCAGGAAGCGCCGCUGCCGCCACUCAGGGCUCUUCAGGCAUCAGCAACGGAGACGACACCACCGAGGAUGAGGGCGAGACUGUGGACUUGAAGAUCAUCUGGAAUAAGAUCAAAUACGACUUGAAGAUCGGGCUGGAUAGUACCGGCGCUAAACUAAAGGAGAAAAUCCAUUCGCUCACGGGCCUUCCGCCGGCUAUGCAGAAGGUGAUGUACAAAGGCCUGGUGCCAGAGGACAAGACGCUACGGGAGAUGAAGGUAACGAGCGGCGCCAAGAUCAUGGUGGUGGGCUCCACCAUAAACGACGUGCUGGCCGUCAGCACGCCCAAAGAGGUCAUGCAGCAGGAGGUCAAAGCCGAGGAGAACAAGAAGGAGCCAUUAUGCAGGCAAAAGCAACACAGGAAAGUUCUUGACAAAGGUAAACCUGAGGAUGUGAUGCCGGCUAUUAAAGGAACAAAAGAGCGACUACCAACGGUGCCUUUAUCCGGAAUGUACAAUAAGUCCGGAGGAAAAGUAAGACUCACAUUCAAACUGGAGCAGGAUCAGCUGUGGAUCGGGACGAAAGAGAGGACAGAGAAAGUCCCGAUGGGCUCCAUCAAAAAUGUGGUUUCUGAGCCUAUUGAAGAGCACGAGGACUAUCACAUGAUGGCGUUCCAGCUGGGUCCGACAGAAGCGUCUCAGUAUUGGGUCUACUGGGUGCCCACACAGUUCGUGGAUGCAAUUAAAGACACAGUCCUGGGGAAAUGGCAGUAUUUCUAAUGUGCCUCUUACAGUUUUGUUUUUGACAAUGAUGGACUGGGACAGAAGAGGAGGACUAAGAGGAGGAGUUGGGGAAAGAAGAGAGGCUGAGGAAACUUGCUGGCAUCUUAUCUGAAGGAACUUGACUGAUGCCCACGGACUUAAAUUGUCUUUUUUUUUUUUCUUUUUUUUUUUUAAGUUUGAACAUACGCUACAAGUGGUAGCGUUAACAUUUCUCAUCCCUCCCUCAUGUUGAUCACUGAUGGGCUUCAACAAAUCCAAGGGGAUAAAAACAACAAAACAAUUGUACAGAAAUUGCUAACACUUUUCUUCUGUUAUUCUUAAAGAAAUAAAAGUUAUUUAAU